AUGCUGCUGCAGGGAGCACACUCGGCUGUUUAUGUUGCACUUUUAUAUUUUCUGGACCUCACUCUGGUGCUCGCCUUCAACCUGGACACCAGUCAUGUCAUCAGGAGGGACGGAGAGCCAGGCAGCCUGUUCGGGUUUUCUCUUGCCAUGCACCGGCAGCUGAACCCGGAUAAAAGAAUACUGCUGAUAGGUGCCCCCAGAGCCCGAGCUUUGGGAAAUCAGGCCGCCAACAUCACAGGAGGCCUUUAUAAAUGUGAAAUCACCAAGUCCAAAGAUUGUGAGCGCAUUGAAUUUGAUAUUGAAGAGGACAUAAACGUUGAGAACAAAGAGAAUCAGUGGAUGGGGGUGACAGUCCAGAGUCAGGGUCCCGGGGGAAAGAUUGUGACAUGUGCUCACCGCUAUCAGAGGCGUUUGUUUGUGAACACGGCCCAGGAGUCCCAUGACAUCACAGGGCGCUGCUAUGUCCUGAGUCAGGACUUGACCAUCGACUCGGCCUCAGAUGAAGAUGGCGGGAACUGGAAAUUCUGCGAGGGUAGAGCCAGGAGCCACGAGAGGUUUGGAUCCUGCCAGCAGGGUGUGGCUGCCACCUUCACAAAGGACUACCAUUAUGUGGUGUUUGGAGCACCAGGAGCUUACAACUGGAAAGGUGUUGUGCGAGUGGAACAAAAGAACACCACUUUGCUGGAGAUGGGAGUGUAUGAUGACGGCCCUUAUGAAGUUGGAGAUGAAAACAUCUUGAACCCUGAGCUUGUGCCCGUACCUGCCAACAGCUACCUCGGAUUCUCCCUUGAUUCGGGACACAGCAUCACAAGGAGCCGUGGCCUGACGGUGGUGGCUGGAGCUCCCAGAGCCAAUCACAGUGGAGCUGUGAUCCUGUUGAAGAAGGCAGGCGAGGCUUCCUCCAAACUCUCCGUGGAGCACAUUCUUCAGGGGCCGGGACUGGCAUCGUCUUUUGGAUAUGACGUGGCUGUAGUUGACCUGAAUGGGGAUGGAUGGCAAGAUAUUGUUGUAGGAGCCCCUCAGUUCUACAUGAAGGACGGAGAUGUUGGAGGGGCGGUUUAUGUUUAUAUCAACAAGGCGGGGAGGUGGGAAAGGGUAACUCCUGUCCGUCUCAAUGGAACCAAAGACUCAAUGUUUGGACUGGCAGUGGAGAGCAUUGGAGACAUCAAUCAAGACUCAUAUGAAGACAUCGCUAUUGGAGCUCCCUACGCUGAUGACGGGGCAGGAAAAGUCUAUAUUUAUCACGGGUCUGCAAAAGGAAUCAACAGCAGCCCUGCACAGAUCCUUUCAGGAAAAGAGCACAACAUCCACAUGUUUGGGUAUUCUCUGGUCGGAAACAUGGACCUGGACCUCAACUCUUAUCCGGAUCUGGCUGUAGGGUCCUUGUCAGACACAGCUCUGAUCUACAGGGCACGGCCGGUCAUUAGCAUCCAGAGAAAUGUCAAAAUAUCUCCACAGGAAAUUGACCUCACAAUCAAAACCUGUGGUAACAGCAUUUGCUUAACCGUGGACGCAUGCUUCGCCUACAGAGCAAACCAUGCAUCUUACAACCCAAAAAUAACUAUCAGCUAUUCUGUUGAGGCGGACGGAGAUCGCAGGAAACAAGGACUGCCCUCCAGAGUGAUGUUCUUGAACAAAUCCCGCACGGAAACAGACCACCAGUUUAAUGGCACUGUGGACCUCCGUGGCCAAAACCAGGAAGUGUGCAUCAACAUAAAAGCCAAACUCAAGGACAAUAUUAGGGACAAGAUGCGAAGUAUUCCUAUCGAGGUGUCUGCAGGAAUCAGGGAUCCUAAACGUCAGAGCAAAGCAAAGAAUGGCCUCCCCCCGCUUACGCCCAUCUUGGACUCCUCUCAACCAAGCAAAGAGGUCAUAGAGGUCAACUUUGUAAAAGAGGGAUGUGGAAAAGAUCAUGUUUGUCGGAGUAACCUGAAGAUGGAUUACAAAUUAUUAUACAAACCAAACAACCAAGGCAAAUACUUAGAAUUAAGCAAAGAGAAGAACAAAAUCCCUGUGUUUCAUCUGAAUUACGAGAGAAAGAACUUGGCUCUGCAGGUGACAGUGAGCAACAGGAAUGGUGAUGACGCCUAUGAAGCAAAGCUGGUGGGCUCAUUCCCAGACUCGCUGUCAUAUUCUGGAGUCCGCUCACAGCAAACCAUGAAGGAAAAGCAGAUCAUCUGUGUUGCCAAUCAGAACGGCUCUCAGGCAGACUGUGAGUUGGGGAACCCUUUUAAGAGAGACUCAGAGACUACAUUUUUCAUCAUCCUGAGCACAGUGGGCAUGACUUUGGACACCACAGAGAUUGAAAUUGACCUGCACCUCCAAACAACCAGUGUACAAGAAAAUAAUGCCCCCGUGAAAGUAAAAGCCAAAGUGAUCAUUGACUUGCCGUUGUCGGUCAUCGGGGAAGCCAGCCCUCAUUCAGUGUUGUUUGGAGGUGAUGUUAAAGGAGAAAGCGCCAUGAAUAGAGAAGAAGAGAUUGGAAGUUUGAUCAACUAUACAUUCAAAAUAAACAACCCGUGGAAGACUUUGACGUCAUCUGUCGACGCGUCACUACACAUUCACUGGCCCAAGUCGAACAAAAAUGGGAAAUGGCUUCUGUACCUGGUGAAGGUCACUGUUACAGGAAGAACAGAGGAAGUCCCUUGCUCUCCUGAUUCUGAGAUCAACCCCCUCCAACUCAUCCAGGAGUCCUCUGCAUCCAGGACAAAACGGGAAAUUGGAGAAAUAAAAACUGGUGCAAAAAAAUCUCCAUUGUCAGGCAAAAAGAACAUUUUGUCGUGUGAGAACGGGCUCAAAUGUGUGGUGCUCAAGUGCCCCCUGCAGGGACUGGAUGAUACAACAGUGAAACUGAGAUCUCGUCUGUGGACCUCAACCUUUCUUGAGGAUUAUGCCUCUCUUUCGUCCAUGGAUAUAAUUGUGAAGGCUUGGCUCGUGCUUCAUACUCCGGCUAAAAACAUGAUCCUGGGAACUCCUGACACUAAUGUGGUACUGAUGGUGUCCCCAGAAAAAGCAGUUGCACAGCAUGGAGGAGUUCCGUGGUGGAUCAUACUGGUGGCUGUUCUCGCAGGCAUCUUGAUUUUGGUGUUGUUGGUGUAUCUGCUCUGGAGGUGUGGUUUCUUCAAGAGAGCAACAAAAGACCAAUACGAUGCUGCAUAUCACAAGGCAGAGAUCCAUGUUCAGCCCUCUGACAAAGACAAACUCUCUGCUGAGGCCUGAUUUAUACUCUCUGAACAGGGUGUGGAUUCUUCAAACGCUCCAAGCAAGAUGACAAUGUCCCUCGGUACCAUGCUGUGCGAAUAAGAAAGGAAUGCCCUCUGUACACGGACGGAAAAGUCAGACUGGAUACUUUUGAAAAGAAGCAGUGGAUGACAACUUGGCUUGACAAUGAAAGUUAUUCAUGAAUCAUUUUUCAGUUGAGAUGAUUGAGGGAUAACACGUC